AUGCCCCUCAAAUCCAUCGCAGCCUUCUAUAUCCCUCUAGCACUCGCCUUCAAUCAAGUCGAGGGCCGUUGUUUCCACCCUCUCUUUACUUCCGAACCGGAUAUCACCGAUGUCGUGACCAAUCCCUCGUGCCCGGGUGACUACGGCAAACUAAUCCAAGCCAGCGACGGCGGCUACUUCCGACUCCUGUGCUGCACUCACCAACCGAACGGGAUCAAGAGCGUGGGCAGUGAGAAAAACGUGGCUUCGUACCAAGACUGCCUGGAUAUAUGCCUGAGUGAUGCGCACCCAGACUGCGAUAGUGUAACCUACGACACCUCCAAGAACUGCGGCCUCUACCAGAACGGGGGCUUCAGCACUGAACCCUGCAGCAACACCGAACACGAUUGGCUCUACUACAUCGACCCGCCACCAUCCGAUGAACCCGCCCCAAACGAUCAGAUCGUUUCCUGCUCCACCGAAUGUCCCACAGCGCAUGGCCAGAAAUACGUCUCGGAAUAUGGCGAGCUCUUUCACAUGGAAUGCGGCAAACGCCACGGCACGGUCUCGUUCAAGAAUGAAACCCAGCCGACUUACCGGGAUUGUAUCGACGCUUGCGCCGAGAUCCCCAAGUGUGCGAGCGUAGACUACUCAAACCGCACGCUGACGUGCUACUACGGAACGCAUUCGGGGGCGCCGCCUGUCGUCGCGCCGGGAUAUUUUAGUGCGUAUUCGCUGGGGUGUGCUGGGGCAUGUGAGAAGGAUGGGGAGGGAGAGGGGUGCUGUGGCUGCGAGCCGAAGAAGUGUCGGGGUCGGGGGGCCGGAGCGAGAAAAAGCCAUGAUGAGCUGUAG